AUGUACGGAGGAGGGAGGAGCAGAGAACAUGGGGAGGAGGCGGGAAGGGACGACCGCGAGAGGAACGACUACAUGCAAGCUGAGCCAUCGGGCGGGCGUUCUAGCAGGGACCUCGACGCUCUGCUGCGGAGGCUGGACGGAGCAGGAUACAAGGCAUACCAUGACCUCAAAGGCUCCUGGAGUUUCGACGAUGUCUUCACCUUAACCUUCGAUCACAUCCAGUCUGACUCGUACGCUCCUCCUUCCCGCUGCCACGUCCGGGUGGCCCAGAGUGCCGCCAAGUUCCCUGCCGGUCUGUUCGACAAGGAGGCGAGGAGGAUCGGGUUGUGCGACUUUCUUGCGCGGUCCUUCUGCGCGGUUGUAAGCGAGCAGGGGCUGAACCAGGCGGCGGCGAGUCAGGGGUGGAGUGGCCCCAAGGGAGGAGACUUGCAGAUGGAGUGUCCUGGACAGAAGGUUCUGGAAAGGACUAACGUUCUCAUCUCUCCUGAUUUCGUGGAGGCUCGAUUCACCGUUGCUCUUCCUGCUGCAGGUCGAUCGAUCCUCGGAGGGAAGGCCAGGAGCAUCCUCAUCGAGGCGCUUCCGCGAGUGAUCCAGCGAACCCUCGUCUACAAUGCGCACGACCCAGCGAAGGUCAAGCAGCAUGUUGACUGCGUUGAAGACACCGAGACCCUCCGAGGAAAACUGCAAGAGGCUGGACUGGUCUGA